AUGGAAGCUUUCCUCGUCUUCUCCACUCUCCUCCUCUUAACCUGCUCCGCAAGCUCAUCAUCGAUCUCCGGCGAGGAUCCGACGAUCCUUCAGGUCACCGACGAGAUCCACGCCGACCCCAUGCCGCACCUGGCGGUGGAGGGUGAGUUUCAAGCCUUCUUGAAGAGGUUCGGGAAGGAGUACGGCAGCGCGAAGGAGUACGCGCGGCGGCUGCGGGUGUUCGCGAGGAACAUCGUGCGCGCCGCCGAGCACCAGGCGCUGGAUCCGACGGCGGUGCACGGAGUGACGCCGUUCUCCGAUCUCACUGAGGAUGAGUUCGAGCGGCGUUUCACUGGCCUCGCGAUGGAGUCGGAUAAGGGUCGGAUCUCCGCGGGACAGCAUAUCGCGCCGGAGAUGGACACCAGACGGUUGCCGGUUAGCUUUGAUUGGAGAGAGAAAGGCGCCGUUACGGACGUUAAGAUGCAGGGAGUAUGUGGAUCUUGUUGGGCAUUUAGCACAACAGGAGUUGUCGAGGGAGCAAAUUUUGUUGCAACCGGGAAGCUUGUAAGCCUUAGUGAGCAACAACUUGUCGAUUGUGAUCAUACGUGCGACACUGUGGAGAAGGAUGAAUGUGACAAUGGUUGUCGAGGUGGUUUGAUGACCAAUGCCUAUAAGUACUUAAUGCAAGUCGGAGGAUUAGAGGAGGAGAAAUCGUAUCCUUACACGGGAGAACAAGGUGAAUGCAAGUUCGACAAGAGCAAAAUCUCUGUGAAAGUUGCAAACUUCACUAAUAUACCUCUCGAUGAAAAUCAAAUUGCUGCCAAUCUAGUUCAUCGAGGUCCCUCUUGCAGUAGGGAUUGAACGCGGCAUUCAUGCAAACAUAUAUUGGAGGAGUUUCGUGUCCGCUAAUUUGUGUUAAGAAGUGGUUGAACCAUGGUGUGUUGCUCGUGGGAUACGGAUCGAAGGGUUUCUCAUUGUUAAGGUUAGGAUACCAACCAUUUUGGAUCAUAAAGAACUCAUGGGGGACGAAUUGGGGCGAAAAGGGGAUAUUACCGUCUUUGCCGGGGCAGAGGCAUGUGUGGAAUGAACACCAUGGUGUCCACCGUAGCAGUGACAUCCCGGUAAGCUCAAUGUUUAUUUUCAUAUCAAGAAACUUUUUGUGUAGGUUUUGAUGAUGUGCAUGUUUUGGUACUUUGAAGUUUUUAUUGCCAUGAAUGAAUCACAAAACUACCUUCUACGUUCAUGGUGUUCAUGGCUGUGAAUUUUGCCAUGCUUCCAUGUUUUGUAAAUUUGUUUUAUGAUAAAAAACAAAGUUUUGUGGUUUAUAUAUAUAUAUUAUAUAAACCUCUAGCAAGUAUAUACAAAGGUUUAUAACUCAUUAGCAUAGUGAAGAUAAUAGGU